CAAUUCAACAACUCACACCUAUGCGCCACCAACAAGAGCGUGCGUGCGCGUGGAUGUCUCCAGUUACUCCCUCAGAGUGUGAGACACAAAGUGCACGAGGAAAAAGAGAAUGUAUCUUUGGUUUUCUCCGCCAAAAUUGAGUUCCAGUUCCUCCCAUGUCACCCUCUUCUUCCACUUUUGUCAAUUAAUGGAUCCGUAAAUCUCACAAACUACUAAAAGAUUCCAACUUUAUUUUUUUCUGGUAACGGAAUUCGAGAAACGGAAAAAAACAGAUGGAAGUUAAAGCAAGAGCUCCAGGAAAAAUCAUUCUUUCCGGUGAACACGCAGUGGUGCACGGAUCGACUGCAGUCGCUUCAUCCAUUAAUCUCUACACCAAUGUCACCCUCUCUUUUCCCACUUCUGAGAAUGAUGGUACACUGAAACUCCAGCUCAAGGAUAUGGCACUAGAAUUUUCAUGGCCAAUUGGCAAAAUCAAAGAAGCAUUACCUAACUUAGGUGCUCCUUCCGCUUCGACACCCACCUCUUGCUCAAUAGAAUCAGUCAAGUCAAUUUCAGCUUUGGUUGAAGAACAAAAUAUCCCAGAGGCAAAAAUUGCACUUGCUUCCGGAAUUGCAGCCUUUUUAUGGUUAUAUACUUCUAUUCAAGGAUUUAGACCUGCCACUGUAGUUGUCACUUCUGACCUUCCACUGGGUUCAGGCCUAGGCUCAUCUGCAGCGUUUUGUGUUGCCCUCUCGGCUGCUUUUCUUGCUUUGUCUGACUCUGUAAAUGUGGACAAAAUGCACCAAGGAUGGUUAAUAUUUGGAGAGUCUGAACUUGAAUUGUUAAACAAAUGGGCUUUUGAAGGUGAAAAAAUAAUUCAUGGAAAGCCUUCUGGAAUAGACAACACAGUUAGCACAUAUGGCAACAUGAUCAAGUUCAGGUCUGGUAAUCUCACACGUAUAAAGUCCAACAUGCUGCUCAAAAUGCUCAUCACUAACACAAGAGUUGGGAGGAAUACGAAAGCACUAGUUGCUGGCGUUUCAGAGAGAACCUUGCGGCACCCUAAUGCCAUGAGUUUUGUUUUUAAUGCUGUUGAUUCUAUCAGUAAUGAAUUGGCUACUAUCAUCCAGUCCCCUGCUCCAGAUGAACUGUCCAUAACUGAGAAAGAAGCAAAGCUAGAAGAAUUGAUGGAAAUGAAUCAGGGAUUGCUGCAAUGCAUGGGGGUCAGCCAUGCUUCUAUAGAAACCGUUCUCCGGACGACAUUGAAGUAUAAGUUAGCUUCCAAGUUGACUGGGGCUGGCGGUGGGGGUUGUGUGCUGACACUUCUACCAACCUUGCUUUCAGGAACAGUUGUUGAUAAAGUAAUUGCUGAACUGGAAUCAUGUGGAUUCCAGUGUCUGAUUGCUGGAAUUGGCGGGAAUGGUGUUGAGAUUUGCUUUGGUGGUUCAUCCUAAUUAUAUCUAGGCUGCAAUAAAUUUGAGUAAGAUCUGAUCCCUGAUGUUAAAUUUCCAAAUAAUGUCAUAAAAAUGUAUGCUUUGUUGGUCAAACUAUAUUAUUUAAUCUGAUAUCAUUUGUACAUUAUUUUGUUGUUGGGUUUUCCCCUUUCUCAGUCUAGUAAGUUUCAAACUGUGUGAAGUCACCGGGAUAUUUGUCUUUUAUUCUUUUCAGAAUUCAUAAAUACAGUUCUGUAAAGACUAGUUAUUUUUUUGGAUUCUGUUUAUGUUUUUUGGAUGAUCUAUGAAUGUUCCGUUUUGUUA